AGGUUUCUCUGUUUCCCAUCUCAAAGAGUUGGGAGGUAUGUGAAUAGCCCUAGUAAAGUUCAGUCGAAGUUAAAAAAUUACAAGAGAGUAAACUGUGUCGAAGUUAGAGUUACAAUAACCGUGAUCAGAAGAGGACAUUACCUUGAACUUGGUUGAGGAGUGAGAUGGCGAAGCUGGAGACUGACACCAGUGAAGUGAGGGCUACACACAGGUUUGAUGAGCAGAGAUUGGAUGGAUACCUGAGCACCCACCUGCCAGACUUCAGCUCCAGACCAGGGGAAGUCCUCACUGUCAGGCAGUACAGAUCAGGCCAGUCCAGUGCUACAUUUUCACUACAGAAGGGUCCAAAUAAAUGUGUUCUUCGAAAGAAAUCUCAUGACCCAGUUGUGCCAGGAGAUAAUCUGAUUGAGCGCACAUAUGAAGUCCAAAAAGCGUUAUUUGACGCUGGAUUCCCGGUACCGAAGACUUUAUUAUACUGUAAUGAUGUGACAGUGAUUGGAACGGAAUUCUAUGUGAUGGCACAUGUGGAGGGUCGUAUUUUCCGAGAUGUCUUUAAUGUUGAUGCCAGCCCUGCAGAGAGAUCAGCGCUGUUUGUUGCUGCCAUCGAAACUCUCUCCAGGCUCCAUUCAUAUAAUAUACACAAGCUAAAUCUUACAAGGAUUGGCAAAGGAAAAGGAUUCUGCCAGAGAGAGGUAACCACAUGGAAGAAACAGUAUGACCGGGUUGCACACACUGAUAUGCCAGCAAUGAGCCAGUUAGCUGACUGGCUUAUGAAUAAUUUGCCAAGCAUUGACAACGAAGAAUGCCUUGUCCAUGGUGAUUUUAAGAUCGACAAUAUCAUAUUCCAUCCCACUGAGGCUCGUGUGAUCGCUGUUCUGGACUGGGAACUGUCCACAAUUGGAAAUCCUAUAUCAGACUUGGCUUACUUUCUUAUUGGUUAUUUUUGGCCUCAAGAAGAACCCAUUUAUGGUGGUGACAAAUCCUUCGGUGAUAUUGAAGGAGUACCACCCUAUGAGGAUCUGAUGAGCAUUUAUAGCCAGCGUCGAGAUGUGGAUUCGCCAGUGCAUGACUGGAAAUUUUUUCUUGCAUUUAGCUUCUUUAAGAUUGCUGGACUAGCACAGGGGAUUCAUGCAAGGUUUCUUCUUGGGAGUUCCAGUGGGGAGAAUGCCAGCAUAUUUUCUGAUAUGGUUAAACCUCUGGCUGAAAAGGGACUCAGAUUAGCUAAAAGUCUUUGACAGGAUCUGAGGCCCUGACGAAGCGGGUCAACCCUCGAAACGCGUUGGCUAAAGUAUAUACAAAACCAGAUCUUGAACCUAGGAUUACAUCACCCUGGACAAGCAGUUUGUUAACUUGUUUUAUGGAAGGGUUAAAUAGUUGUUUACUAUAACGAUGAAUAAUAUUUUAGACUGUAGAGUGCUACCUAAGGGUCUGUUUUGAAGAUGUUUGUUCUAAGCACAUUUGUUUUUUCUAAGCAUAUUUGAAAAAUAUGUUAUAGUAAAAGUGAAACUUGAAUGAGGAACUAAGAAAUUAAAGAAUAGCUUAGUAGUGAGACAGCUAAAGGAAGCUGUCUGAUGGAAAAUUUGAGCUUAAGACUAUUCUUUAAGUUAUGAAUAAUGAAUAUGUUCUAAUAUGUGUAUCUCUAUGAUUGGUUAAAUUAAUAAGGAGGUCUUCUCCCUUAUUAAAAAGGAAAUAUGUCAUCCAAACAUGUACCCCUUAUUGGUGGAAAACAAAUUAAUAACACCCAUCUCACCCUGUGUACUUAAGCUCUUGUACAAGCCAAAAUAAACAAGUCUCUGCUCUUCA